UUCUUUUGGGGUUUCUUUCUACUACUAGUGGAAGUGCGUUGCAUUCCCUCUCCACCUUUACCUCUUUUCCACCCCUCUUGAUCUUGAGGGACGACGAAAGAAAAAAAAAACAAACAAUACCCCUCAUUUUCUCGCGUUUGCUUUUAUGGGUCUCUAGAUUUUCAUUCACAUCGACCUUUUCUGGAAAGAAAGAUCCAAUUUUGUCGGUUAGAUUUCAUCUGGGCAAGAACCACCCGGAGAGGGGAAAGUUUUGAUCUUUUCGUAUAUUCGAGAGAGACCCAGCAUCAAUAAAAGCUAGGGGCCAUCGGUGAGGAAAAACUGGAUGAAAGGCAAUCAGAAAGAUUCGCCCAAGAAAUCGAUAUGGGAUCGGAUCUCGUCAGCUGCAUCGUUACCCGGAAUCGGGUCUGCAACCCGACCCAUCCCCAAAGUCAUGGUGUGGCUCAUCCUCUUCAUCUCCGUCACUUACAUUACCUACACGCUCAAGCUCGUCUCCACCUCACGCGCCUGUGACGGUCCGAACCCCUUUUCCACCGUCUCCGCCGUCUCAGCCAACGGGUCCGAUGCCUUGAUCCGACCUAGGAAACAAUCUCCCUCCUCCGCCGCCGGAGCUCUGCGGCGGCGCGAGCGGGGGGACUCCGCCGACGAGCCGACCGACCUCCGCCACGUUGUUUUCGGCAUUGCGGCGUCGUCGAAGCUGUGGAAGCAGAGGAAGGAGUACAUCAAGAUCUGGUUCAAGCCCAAGUACAUGCGAGUGUAUGUGUGGCUCGACAAGGAGGUGAGGGCCGACGCCGGAGACAAGGACGAGCUUCCCCCGGUGAAAAUCUCCGGCGACACUUCGUCUUUCCCGUACAAGAACAAGCAGGGACACCGGUCGGCGCUUCGGAUCUCGCGGAUCGUGUCGGAGACUCUGAGGCUGGGGCCGAAGAGCGUGAGGUGGUUCGUGAUGGGGGACGAUGACACGGUGUUCGUCACCGACAACCUGAUCAGGGUUCUGAGGAAGUACGACCACGAACAGAUGUAUUACAUCGGGAGCUUGUCGGAAUCUCAUCUCCAGAACAUAUUCUUCUCGUACGGAAUGGCGUACGGAGGGGGAGGGUUCGCCAUAAGUUAUCCGCUGGCGAAGGCCCUGGGCAAGAUGCAGGACCGUUGCAUACAGAGGUAUCCGGCGCUGUACGGAUCCGAUGACCGCAUGCAAGCGUGCAUGGCAGAGCUCGGUGUUCCUCUCACCAAAGAACUCGGCUUCCACCAGUACGAUGUCUACGGGAAUCUCUUCGGCCUCCUCGCUGCCCACCCGGUGGCUCCAUUCGUAUCGAUGCACCAUCUCGACGUGGUUGAGCCAAUUUUCCCAAACACGACUCGGGUUAGGGCCCUUAAGCGACUAACAGUCCCGAUGAAACUCGACUCGGCCGGACUUUUCCAGCAAUCGAUAUGCUACGACAAGUACAAGAGCUGGACGAUAUCCGUCUCGUGGGGAUACACAGUUCAGAUAUCCCGCGGGAUUAUAUCGCCUCGGGAAAUGGAAAUGCCGUCUCGAACGUUCUUGAAUUGGUACAAACGGGCAGAUUACACGGCUUACGCUUUCAACACUAGGCCGGUUAGCAGGAAUCCGUGCCAGAAACCGUUUGUUUUCUAUGUCUCGAGUGCUAAACUCGACGUGCAAAUGAACACGACGGUUAGCGAAUACUCGAGACAUCGGGUCCCGAGUCCUGAUUGUCGUUGGAAGAUUGCAAAUCCAGCCGACGUUAAUACCGUCGUCGUGUACAAGAAACCGGAUCCUCAUCUCUGGGAUAGGUCACCAAGGAGGAAUUGUUGCAGAGUGUUGCAAUCGAAGAGGAGUAAUACAUUAUGGAUCAAUGUCGGUUUAUGCAGAGAAGGUGAAGUCACUGAGGUUAAAUAAUUUUCUGUUUUUUUUUUUCUCUCUUGUAAUAUAUUUUUUUAAAUGAAAAAAAUAGUAUUUUUAGUCUC